AUGCGCUUUCUCCGCCGCACAGAGGGCAUGGAGGCGGCGAGAAAGGCGUUUCUGGCGGCGAGGAAGGCGCGGGAGUGCUCGUUCCACGUGUAUGUGGCUUCGGCUUAUAUGGAGCUGUGCCACAACAAGGAGAGCAAGGUGGCGCGGAACGUGUUUCAGCUGGGGAUGAAGAAGUUUGGGUCAGAGCCUGGCUUUGUGCGCGAUUGCUGCGGCAUGCCACACUUCCCGCCCCCCCCACUCCCUCCCUCUCCCCCCCCACUCCCUCCCCUCUCCCCCCCACUCCCUCCCCUCUCUCCCCCCCACUCCCUCCCCUCUCCCCCCCCACUCCCUCCCCCUCUCCCCCCCCACUCCCUCCCCUCUCCCCCCCCACUCCCUCCCCUCUCCCCCCCCACUCCCUCCCCUCUCCCCCCCCACUCCCUCCCCUCUCCCCCCCCACUCCCUCCCCUCUCCCCCCCCACUCCCUCCCCUCUCCCCCCCCACUCCCUCCCCUCUCCCCCCCCACUCCCUCCCCUCUCCCCCCCACUCCCUCCCCUCUCCCCCCCCACUCCCUCCCCUCUCCCCAUUUUUAGGUUCUCGCGCUUCUUGAGUCGUCUCAACGACGGCCAUGCAAUGAGGGAGUUGCUGCAGGGCGCCCUAGCGUCCCCGUCCCUCCCACCGCACGCUGCACUCAUGGUGAGUGCUGUCAGCGCUGCACUCAUGGUGAGUGCUGUCAGCGCUGCACUCAUGGUGAGUGCUGUCAGCGCUGCACUCAUGGUGAGUGCUGUCAGCGGUGCCAUGGCAGCUGUGACUGUGACGCAUGAGCAGUCUGCUGCUUGCAAGUCACCCUGCUCCGCAGCAACUCCCGCAGCAACUCCCGCAUUGCCUGCUGCUAGUCUCAACGACGGCCAUGCAAUGCGGGAGUUGCUGCAGGGCGCUCUAGCGUCCCCCUCCCUUCCUCCGCACUCUGCACUCAUGGCCAUGCGGGGAACCCUCUCUCCCCCCAUCCCUCUCUCCCCCAUCCCUCUCUCCCCCCCUCCUCUCUCCCCCCAUCCCUCUCUCCCCCCUUCCCUCUCCCCCCCCAUCCCUCUCUCCCCCCAUCCCUUUUCCCCCCAUCCCUCUCUCCCCCCAUCCCUCUCUCUCCCCAUCCCUCUCUCCCCCCUUCCCUCUCUCCCCCCCUCUCUCCCCCCAUCCCUCUCUCCCCCCAUCCCUUUUCCCCCCAUCCCUCUCUCCCCCCAUCCCUUUUCCCCCCAUCCCUCUCUCCCCCCAUCCCUCUCUCCCCAUCCCUCUCUCCCCCAUCCCUCUCUCCCCCCUUCCCUCUCUCCCCCCAUCCCUCUCUCCCCCCAUCCCUCUCUCCCCCCAUCCCUCUCUCCCCCCAUCCCUCUCUCCCCCCAUCCCUCUCUCCCCCCAUCCCCUCUCCCCCCAUCCCCCUCUCCCCCAUCCCUCUCUCCCCCCAUCCCCCUCUCCCCCCAUGACUUCCCCCCACCCCACUCCGCACCUGUGCUGUGGGAGGAGCUUAUUGAGUGCGAGCAGCUGUUUGGGGACCUCAAUUCACUCAUCAAGGCACAAGAGGGUCGGAGAAAAGCUCUAGCUUCUGUAGCAGGUCCGGGCGGCGCUGCCGAGCCUGAGAUGGAGGUUUGGCGGGAGCAGCAUGACCUGGUAGACCGGUUCAGCUACUGCGGCCUGUUGCCUUGUGACGCGUCAGCUCUCCCACCGAACCUAGAAGCAGGCUCAGCAGGUCCGAAGGUAACGCAGGCUCGGCAAGGGUCAGGGGAGGAUCAGGUGAAGGCGGAAGCAGAGGGUGGGGGGGGGGAGGGGCCUGGGGCGGCUGUUGGUGCUGAUGGUGCUGGUGCUGGUGCUGGUGCUGGUGCUGGUGCUGGUGGGGCGACAGAGGGUGGGGAGAAGGGUGGGGCGGAGAGGGGAGAGCAGCAGCAGCAGAGGGAGGGGGCAGCAGGGGCGACGGGUGUGAAGACACAUCAGUUCGUGGCGAGUGCUGCUGUGGAGUGGAAACCUGGUGAGUGGCUUCCUCCUCCUGUGCCCGGCCCCUAUCCCGAUGUGGAUUUCAUAAUGUCACUUGUCAUUCAAGCAGAGCUCCCACCUGAGGCGCUAGCAGCCAAAUCAGGUGGUCUGCACCGCACCGCGCCACCUGGGAUGGCACCUGGGGCUCCUGGGCCAGGUGGAGGGACAGGUGGCGCCACCCCAUUGGCCGGCAGCAAGCGCAAGGAGCAGGAAGCUGACUCGAAACCGUCCAAAGAUAUCAACUUCGAGCGCGCUGGCGAGGACUACCGGCUUCAACUAGCCCUCGCGCUGCGCCUCGCCGCCGAGGCGUCGUUUCUAGACGAAGCCAGCGAGAGGCGGCGCGGGUCCGGGCGGGCGGGUUUGGACUUUGCGGAGUUCGACGCGCGGGGGAAGGGGGUGACGGGCGCGGGGGAUAGGCGGAGAGGGGGCGCGCGGAAAGGGGGGAGGGACGACGGGAGUGUCGCGCGGGGGAGGGAGGAGGACGAGCGGCGGCCGGGUCAUAAGCUGCAUCCCUGGGAGCUGGAACGAUGCAUCUUUCGGUUCUGGACCACCCAAGUCCUGGAAUACAGCGACGCGGCGGACUCGCGAUUCUACGGGGUGUUUGGGUCGGCACUAAACGCCAAGGUGUGGGGCGUGUGCGCGGAGGCGCGCGGGCAGGGCCACAUGCCGACGCUGGACAUGCUGCGCCAGCUGGCGGCGCACGACACGGCGGUGGACGUGGUGCUGGUUGACUUCGAGGAAGAUUCCUCGCUGAGGAAGCUGGUGUCUAAGCUGGCCGCUGGUUGUGGGAAGCAGGGGAAGCAGGGGGAGGCGGAGGGACAGAGGAAUGGCGAGCCUACGGCGGGUGACGUUGCAAGGGUGGUAGCAGACGCCAUGGGGGGCCCUGUGCCCAACGACCAAGAGAUCUAUGAGGUUUGGGAGGAGCUGGCUCGGGAGAGCAGGGUGCGGGCCGGGUCGCCCAUCAUGCUCAUCGGGAGCAUCAAGCUGGGUCUGAGUCGCCACCGCGCGCUGCUCUUCAAGGCUCUAGCAGAUUACUUUGGCAUCCCGUGUCGCAUGAUUCGAGGGACCAAUGGGGAGGCGCUCAUUGCCACACGCUGCCGCCACAACAGGGAGUGGCUGGUAGAUGUGAUGAGACAUCCGGGUCAGAUGGCCUCUCGCUCACACGAUGGCACCGUGGCAGGUCCCGCCUUCCUCAGGUCCCCCCUGCAGUUCGACCUCCCCUCCCCCUGGUCCGCCUCCCCCGCCCAGUCCGCGCGCCUGCACCUGCACUCGCGUCCCCCCCGCCUCUCUGCGCCCUCCCCCCAGCAGCCCGGCGCAGGGGGGGAGGGCGCAGGGGCGGGGGGAGGGCAAGGGGCGAGUGGGGACGGGAGGGGAGGGUCAGGGGGAGGGGGAGCGGAAGGAGGGGGAGGAGGCGGGGCUGCUGGGGCGGGGAUUGAAUCUGAGCCGUCGGAUGUGGCAGUGAAGGUUUUUCUAGACCAGGACUUGGGCUCACAUGCUCUCGAGGACUUUAGAACAGAGGUGGCCAUAAUGUUCAAGGCGCGCCAUCCCAACGUGCUCUACCUUAUGGGUGCUGUCACCCGCCCGCCCCACCUCUCUAUAGUCACCGAGUUUUGCCCGCGGGGAAGUAUCUUCAGGCUGCUGCAGCAGCCCAAUCGCGAGCUGACACCUCAGCGGAGACUGAGCUUCGCGCUUGAUGUGGCGAAGGGCAUGAACUACCUGCACAAGCGCAAGCCGCCCAUCGUUCACCGGGACCUCAAAACGCCCAACCUGCUCGUGGACAAGGACUGGACCGUCAAGGUGUGUGACUUUGGGCUUUCGAGAUUAAAGCAUCGAACGUUCCUCUCCACCCGCUCUGGCGCUGGCACGCCUGAGUGGAUGGCUCCAGAAGUGUUACGCAAUGAACCCUCCAAUGAAAAGGCGGAUGUGUAUAGCUUUGGUGUGAUCCUGUGGGAGCUAGCAACCAUGCAGCAGCCAUGGACUGGUCUCAACGCUCUUCAGGUGGUGGGAGCAGUGGGGUAUCAGAACAGGCGCCUAGAGGUGCCAGACACGAUUGACAGCAGAGUUGCAGCAGUCAUCAAGUCAUGCUGGAGCGAUGAGCCCUCACUGCGGCCAAGCUUCGAAGAAAUAAUUGGGUUCUUGCGGCAGCAGCAGCAGCUUCGAUAA